AUUCAGCUAGAAUCAAUAGUUUUCAUUUUUCAAAAUAGAUAGCAUUUUAUAUUUUAGCUCACCAAUUUCUAAAGAUUAAAAAUGAUGAAUUAGAAUCUUUUGUACCCAAAUGGUUCUCCUUCUUCCUACUACGAUAGCUUAUCUAUUAGCAAUAGCAAUACCCCAUAAAACCUUAAGCCAUCAGCAAUUAUUGGGAAGGAUUACUCUAGUACAUUGCAACAGUCUCCAUCAACAUAGCACACAUACUCGAGCCUUGAUGCAAAUAGCGGUGGCAAAAUUAAUAAUAACAAUAGCUUAAAUACAAUAGGUUUAGCUGGAUAAAACGAAAAUAACUAUAGAAUAACAACUUAAUUGGUAGAUUCGAUUAUUCCAGGAAAUUAUUAAGCAUAUAACUCAAAUUUGUAACUCAAUUAGUACUCCUCAUAAGCUUAAAUAAAUAGCAACAGCACAAAUUAUACAAGCAAUCUAUCUGGAUCAGCAACCAAUCCAAUUUAAAAAAAUACUUUACUAAGUAUAGCAAAUACUAAUGUAGGGGCAAGUAUAAGUACAAAUGGAGAUAGCCCUCACCCAGAAGCAAAUAAAAACACUAAAUCUUUUAUUGGUAUUAAUUUAUCUACUUAGAAUGCAGAUAAUAAAGCAAUAAGUAGCAUUAAUGCAAGUAGUGUUCCUUAAUCUACUUUAACAUAGUUCAUUAAAAAUUAAGGAUUUUCAUUCAGCACAGUAACUUCACCCUCUUCUAAUUAGCAACCGCUUUAAUCUCUUUCAUUUCAUCAUCAAUCUUCCUUUCAAGGGACUUCUGUCACGGGCUUAAACAAUAAAAUGCCAAUAAAUUUAGGAGCAAAUGCUAAUAAAACUGAUCUUUUAGGUAACUACACUAAAGAGAAUAAUUUAGGAAUCCCUACUUCAACUAUAUCUCUGCAACAAUAGAAUUCAAGUUUGCCAUAUUCAAUAAAUAUCAUUAAUGACAGUACUACAAAAAAUUAAAAUAGUUAUAGUCACCAAGAUUUGGCUGCAUAGUAACUUUAGGAAGUUCAAAAAGUGUAAUAAUAGCUAGCAAAUAAUGGAACAAGCAGUUAUCAAUAGCAAUAGUAUCAUGUAGGAAAUAGCUAUUCAUACUUAGAUAAGUAUAAAGAUACGCUUUCUACUCCUAAAAGAGAUGUUUAUGCUAGUGGCAUGAGCUAAAGUAUGCUAGAAUAGGGUAACACACCUUAAAACAAUUUAGCUCCAGUUUCAAAAAUGACUAUAAAUCACUAAAACUCUGUAGGAUAGAUUGAUGAUAAAUAAAAGUAGUAAGACACAGUAUCUAAAAAAAAUAAUACCUUAACAGCAGAUGAACUAAUAAAUAAAUAUUGUUUGCUUAAAUAAGCAAAUCAAUUACCAAGCAAGACUAAUACUAUUAAUGAUUAAAAUACAUCUGGACAGUAAUCCUUUACUGAAAAUAAAUAGAUAUACUAACAGCCUUAAUAAACCAACAAUUUUAUUAGUUCUCAUUACUAAUCUAUGCCUUCUCUUGUGUAAGUAUAGUAGCAGCAAAUAGGAACAUAACCUUAAGCACCAAACUCGUCAUUUUUGUAGUAAUCUGGAGUACCAUAAAUAUCAAUUACUAACACAUCAGAUUCACCUAUUUCUAAAAAAUAUGAAAGCAACAACCCUAUAAAUAAUGUCUCUACUCCUUUGAGAAAAGAAAGUGCCCCAUAAAUAGAAUCAUAUGGUUUAACUAGUUUGAAUAAAAAUUAAAAUGAGUAGAAUAUCACUAAUGUGACUUCUCCUCAUUCUGGUAGGUAGAAUAAUCUAAAAUACUAAUCUAUGGAUUAGAACUCGAUUUAAAAAGCUCUUAAUAGUAACUAACUUAAUUAAUAAAGCUCCUCUAGCCUUCAACAAAACAAAGAAAUAUAAGGUAUUAGUAGUUAUACAGCUCUUACUUCAAACAUAUAGAGCAAUUAAUCAAGCAAAUCUCAACUAGGAUCAGCUGCCUAGGGUUAUUUAAAUCAAAUACUUAAUCCAACAAAUGGUGUACCGUCUUACAAGUAAUCUAUUAGCGAAGAUUUACCUUUCUAAAGUACCUCACCUCAUAUAGUGAAUAAUAUUACAACAAUAUAAAACCCAUAUUCUUUAGGAGUAAAUCACGCAUAAAAUAAUAGUUUAAGCAGUGGUGGAAUAAAUUCAAAUAGAUAAAGUGAAACUGAUCUUAUGACAAGCUUUAAUGAUUCAAUUUUGCAAGGAAGUAGUAGUGUAUAAAAAAUACCAAAUUUGCCAAUUCAGAGCAAUGAUUUAUCUAACUAAUAGAGAAGUACUUAAGCAUAAUAUUUAGAAGAAAAGAACAAUUAAAACUAAUAAUAAUCUUAAUAUAAUCCUCACUAAUCAUCAAAUAAGUAGAAGGAAGUUUUCUAGCUUUACUAAAAUAUUAUAGGUGCAAAUUAAACUCCUUAAAAAAUAAUAAACAACUCUUCAUAUCCAUCUCCUAGUCAAGGAUUUUAAUUAUAGAAUUUAAAGGAGCCUGCUGCUGAACCUCAGCAACCUUAAAGUGCAAGAGGAGCCUCCUAAAUUUCAUCUACAAAUACUUUUAUUCAAGGUCAACCUUAAAGCGCCUAAAAGAAUUCUAACUAGUAAUAAAUUUUCUAUAAGAUUACUCCUCCUACCAUUCCAUAGCCAUAGUAAUCACAAGCUUAAACAUCUUAAUCUUAAGUUAUUCAAAUUUAAGCGCCAUAAAGUUAAACAACAUAAAACUUUUAAUCAAAUUCUUAAAAUCCAAGCAUCUAACCUUAACAAAUUGGCACUUAAAUUAAAUCUCCAUACCAAAUUGUGAAUGGUAACAAACAACAGGUUAUAUUCAAUCCUAAAGCUUAGCAAUAAAGCGGAUAAAAAUAAUUAUUUGAAAGUGGUUUGUAAAUUAGCUAAAUUGGAAAUCGUCCCAAAGGAAAUUUUACAGUAAUAGAUUCUGUAAGUCAUCCUUAUUUAACAUACAAAAAUCCUAAAUAAGCAAAUAAUUAUAAAUAAAAAAUAUGGUAAAAUAUUUUAAACUAGCGUAAAAAUAAGCAGAAUAGCUUUCAUUCUCCUGUCAGAGAAAAACAGUUUUAUUCUAAUAAUCUUAAUGCAAGUGCUGAUGAUUUUGCUGGUGGAUCACUUCCACAGUUCUCGCCUCAAAAAAAACCUGGACAAUAAGAAUUUUUCCCUAAUCCUCCCUAAAAUGUUAAUCCAAAAUAAUAAUACUAUUAAUUAGGGUACAAUUAGUAUGGCUAACCAAUAAAUUCUAUUUAAAAUAGUAAAUUUGGGAAGCUUCAAAAUUCUGAUUAGCAUCAGUAUUAAUACGUCACUUAUAUUAAUGCACAAGGCUAAAAGGUUGAAUAAAGAAUUCUCAUUAAAUCUCCAAAUUAAUAGUCUUACAACAUGAAUAAUGCAACAUUUCCUAAUCCUACUUUUGGAUAAGAUUAGAGGUAAAUAUUUUAUGAAUAGAAUUCGAAUAAUCGCUAAGGUGAAGAAAAUCCCCCUAAAAUUAAUUUAGAAAUAGUGAAUAACCACUCAACUCCAAACGAAAAUAUAUUUUAUGGAGAUUAAAAAGCUAUGACAUUUUCUAAAGUAUCAGGAAAUUCUACUAAUUCUUAAAACUCUGGAUAAAAUUCUCCUGCUUUUAUAAACAACUAAACGUAAAGAUCAUAUUCUCCAUCAGGUAAGAAAAUACCACCAUCAAGCUAAUUUGCUAAUUACCAUGAUUAGCAAGAAUUAGCUAAAAAAACUCCAAAAGGUGAAGAAAAAGCACAUUAAGAUCAUUUGACUAUUCCACAAGAUUAGAAAAUUAAUGGAGCAAUCAAAGAAAAUUUAAAUAAAGCUAUGAGAAUGAGUUUUGGUGGUGAAUCUUCCAACGAUAACAAGAAUAUUCAAAUUUGA